UGACUUUUUUCCCAUAGGAACAUGGAUUAGGUUUGGGAUUUUUGUUAGGCCUAUUUGGAGUAUGUUGUCAUCUUUCAGCUCUGAUUGGGUGGAGAUCCUGGAGCCGCGCUCGCGUGAGCGCAUGUACGUGAACCUGACGACGGGCGAGUGCGGCUGGGAGCCGCCAGCCGGCAUGCCGGUGCGCCAGUCGGACGGCAACCAGUGGUGGGAGCUCUUCGACUCGGCCAACAGCCGCUUCUACUACUACAACUGCACCAGCCAGCAGACGGUGUGGCACCGGCCCACGGCCUGCGACAUCGUGCCCCUCGCCCAGCUGCAGGCCAUGAAGCGGAGCUCCGAGAGCGAGCUCAGGGGCAUCGGGAGGCCCCAGAGGGGCAGCGGAGAGGGGCGGAGGACGCCGCUACUGGGACUGAGUCCAGUGCCGCCCCCCCAGGAGCUGGACAAUGUCAGCGGGAGAGAGACGCCUUCGACAGGGAGAGGGGACAGUCUGGAUGGGAGACGAGAGGCGGUUAGGGAUCCUGCUCAAAGAUGGCAGCCAGCUCCGGGGUCCAAGGCGGCCAUGUUGGUGAAGGUGAACAACACUGGCAGGAACCAGUCGCCUGGACCCUCUAGCGCCUUACAGCUCCUCCACUUCGGCAGCAACAGCAGCAGCGGUAGCAGCAGUGCUAUCAAGCCCCUCUACCCAGCUCACAUCGACCGCACUGGACCUUUUGGAGCCAAAAUGGCCGUCCCCGGAGACCUGAAGCAGGCGUACCACCUCAAGAAGUCGGACGGCGGUAGUUUCGGCCUGAUUAUGCCUAACGUGAGCACGCCAGCGUUCCAGAACCCACAGCGGUCCCAGGCUGGCACACCUCGUCCAUCUUCGCCCCAAUACGGCACCACCGCACCCAUCUACGACGAGCCGCCUAUGGACCCCCCAAUUUACGAUGAACCCCCAAUGGAGAUGGAGGUUGAAGGGGCGCACCUGCUAAACCGCCCAUCACCCCUACCUUACUCCCCCAGCCACAGUCUGCCCAGGCUGGGCCAACCGAAGCUCCUACAGUACCCAGCCUCUCACAUGGGGGCCAAGCACCGGAGGAGCCCGUCUGCUACUGAGUACAGCCCUGCAGGGCGCGAGUGCAUCAAGCACAUGGUGAACGUGGAUCCUGCCGCCAGCACCAAACCGGGCCUGAUCUUGACCCACCCUCAGGCGCUGCCCUCUGCUCCUGAAUCGACCUCUGUUGCCGGCGCAAUGCAGAGCCAAGCCCAGCUGCAGAUGCAUCAGCACCAGCAGCAACAGCAGCCUCUGUCCCCAGUCCAGGCCCAGAAAGGGGGCUCUGUCGGCGGGGGACCUCAGCGGGAGGUGAGCCUGGAGAAGAAGCAGUCGUGGCGGCUACUGGAGGCCGGCGUGCUGAAGAGCAUGGAGGCCCGCCACAGCCGACAGAGCAGCCUGGCCUCGCAGCAGGAGUACCCGGGCCCCGCCGCCAUCACCUACCAGGACUCCGGCUACUCCACGGGCCCCUCGCCCAGCCUCAGGCGCAAGAACCGGCGACGACCCCCCGGAGCGGGCGCCGGGGCUGGGCUAGCGGGCGCCGCCGCCGCUGCUGCAGCGGCUGGUCAAGGCAGACCGGGAUCGGUGGGUAGCACCGGGGAGCUCAACGCCCUCAACGAGAAGCUGAUGGCAGAGAUGCGGGCGGUGGUGAGCCGCUCCAACACCAUCCACGGCAGCAAGGCCAGCCUGGACACGGAGAUCGGCUCGGAGACGGGGUCCGCGCCGCGCGCACGCACCCCUCUGGACUCUCUCCACAAGUACGGCGGAGGCGGCGGGGGCUCCAGGGAGGACAUGAGCGCCAGUAACCGCUCCCUGUACAGGGCGGCCGGGGGAAGCCACGCCGAGCUGCCCCUCUCACCGCUGGCCGCAGAGGGAGGCGGGAGGCAGAAGCGCACCUAUGAGAAGGUGGACUCACUGGAGAAGAGCAUCACCUCCCAGACCAGCCUGUCCUCGCCAGAGCCACCCAGGACACCCUCACAGACAGGAACACUGGAAUCCAAGGGGCAGCUGGAGAUCUCACCACAGGGAGGUGGCAGCGGGCAUGGCGUGGGCACCGGUGGCACGCCGGCGGGCAGCGCCAACGACGGGUUCGGCCAAGACGGCACCGGCACCGGCAACAGCGGCAACAACAACAACGAUGUCAGCGGUGGUUGCGGCGGGCAGCUGGUCGGGAGUGGCGGUGGCGGUGGCUACCAGUACCCGUACACCACCCUGUGCAAGCCCAGCCCGGACGCCAACAUGGUGGACUGGGCCAGCAAGAACCUGAACCUGCACACGCAGGGCCUGUUCCGCCGGCGCGUCUCCAUCGCCAACAUGCUCUCGUGGAACCGCGGCUCCAUCAAGAAGCCCAUGCUCAUCACCAGCGACCGUGCCGUCAAGAAGGAGGCCUGCGAGAUGUUCAAGCUGGUGCAGGCCUACAUGGGUGACCGGCCCGCACGCAUUGACCGCAGACACGCCGCCCUGCUGGUUGUCACCAAGUGCUGGGGCACACAGGGCCUGCGUGACGAGCUGUACGUGCAGCUGGUGCGGCAGACCACGGGCAACCUGAGCCUGCGCAGCCUGGCCUCGGGCUGGGAGCUGAUGGCCAUCAGCCUGGCCUUCUUCUCGCCCUCGCCCAAGUUCCGCCGCUACCUCGAGGGCUACAUCCAGCGCCACAUGGAGCCCAGCAACGACAAGAAGAUCUUGCAGCAGAUCCAGGAACAGCAGGACAUGAAGAACAAGAAGAACUCCAAGUCCAGGAAGAAGAGGAAACAGAACAAUGAGGAAGAGGAAGAGCAGGGUCUACCCAUCAGCACUUAUGCCAAGUACUGCUACCGCAAGCUACAGAAGGUGGCAGUCACCGGAGGAAAGAAGGGCCUGAGGAAGCCCACCCUGGAGGAGAUUGACCACAGCCGUAAUGCCAUCGUGACGCCCUCGCUGUUCGGCAGCGCCCUGGAGGAGAUCAUGGAGCGGCAGAGCCAGCUGUUCCCUGAGCGCCGGCUGCCCUGGGUGCAGGUGCAGCUCUCCCAGUACGUGCUGGCGCUGGGCGGAGCACAGACCGAGGGCAUCUUCAGGGUACCGGGAGACAUUGACGAGGUCAAUGCCCUCAAGCUUCAGGUGGAUCAGUGGAAAAUUCCGGAGAAUCUCUCAGAUCCCAAUGUCCCAGCCUCCCUGUUGAAGCUGUGGUACCGUGAGCUGGAGGAGCCUGUGAUCCCUCAGAGUUUCUAUAAGCAGUGCAUCACCAACUAUGAGGACCCUGAGGCAGCCAUCAGCGUGGUGCAGUCUCUACCGGAGCUCAGCCGACUGGUGCUCUGCUACUUCAUCAACUUCUUACAGGUCUUUGCCCAGCCAGUGAAUGUGAGUAAGACUAAGAUGGACGUGAACAACCUGGCCAUGGUGAUGGCUCCCAACUGCCUGCGCUGCCAGUCGGACGACCCACGCAUCAUCUUCGAGAACACGCGCAAGGAGAUGUCCUUCCUCCGUGUGCUCAUUGUGCACCUGGACACCAGCUUCAUCAAGGGGAUCAUCUGAGCGUGCUCCUGGACUCGUGUGACCCCCAUCUGACUCCCCCCCCCCUCCCAUCCCACUGCCACACACGCUCCCCGCCCUACACACACACACACACACACACACACACACACACACACACAGCUGUCCCACCCGUACCAAAUCACUGUUCUCCUCCAGCCUCAUCUGUCGUCAGCACGCUCAGUUCAAACCCGCCAGCUUCCAGUGACUCAUGACUGCAGAUGGUUUUCUUCAUCGGAGUGGAUUAUCUCUUCUGCUUUGUAUGAUCUUUGCUGAGAUUUGGACUGCUGAAAGAAAGAGUGAUGUCUCCUCCUCAUGGCCUGGAUCCACACAGGGUCCUCUCUCCUCAUAUUUUGCUCCACACACUGGACGACUAUGCUGGCGUAAAAAUCAGCAUGUUGUGAGCAGCAAUAAUGAAAACAUGACGAAACAAAACUUAUAUGAUGAUGUACAAUUUACUGUGCAGGGACGUUUGUUUUGUAAAAAAAAAAAAGAGUCAAACUUUGGCUUUUAAAGAUGAGAGCAUGAUGAGCACACCUGGUAUUUUUUCUGCUUCGUGCCCUUUCUGCUGUGGUGAACAAUGUUUGUCCAGGAUUUACGACCACCAUCACCAUGGACACGUCAGAGAAUUGAACUUUAUGAUCUUUGAUUAAGCGUAUGUGAGCAAUGGCUCUGCUCUUUCUCUAAUUUAAUUUGGAGCGUUUUGGGCUGUUUAUUUCAUUCCCAUUCUUUGUAAAGCACAGGCCCAGUGUGAGAGCAUGGAGGGGCCUUAACCUCCUCACUUGCCUCAGGUUGACAAACAAUAGACCUGCUGUUUCGGCCCCUCGGAUGGAAGAAAAUAAAUAUUUAUUCGCCCCUGAGAGCCUGUUCACAAAUGGUGCAAAAAAGCAUGGCUACACACACAGCGUGUGUGUGUGUGUGUGUGUGUGUGUGUGUGUGUGUGUGUGUGUGUGUGUGUGUGUGUGUGUGUGUGAGAGAGAGUGUGUGUGUGUGUGUGUGUGUGUGUGUGUGUGAUGCUGGCUCUGGCCUCCAAAGGCAUGAGAAAUCACAUGUCCCGCACGGCCGGCUCGGCGGUAGAUUCCACCGCAAAUGAAAAACAAAGUGGAAUGUGUCUCUCUGGAGCCUGUUCAGCUGUUUCACUGGAGACAAUUACAGUAGGGCAGCAGUGGCGAGAGACACACAGAGAAGAGAGAGAGAGAGAGAGAGAGAGAGAGAGAGAGCAUUAGUAGUAGUAAGAGUUUGUGGGUGGUGGUAGUGAUGGUGGAGCUGGUACUUCAAAAAUAGCUGCUUCAGUUUCCCCUCCAGACAUGAACAAUUAUACCUUUGAUGGAGCCUACAUCAGAUGCUAAUUUUAACAGUUAGCAGGUCAGGGGAAAGGAAUGCAAGGGGAGGUGAGCUGCACUGGAUUGGGCUCUUCCAUCAGGGCAGACAGAUCUGGAUGUCCUGCUAGACCGAUACUCUUUGGAGGGAGAGUGACCACCUACACACCUACAAGGGCUAUUAAAGAGCUCUUUGUGGUAUCUUAGUAGUCCUACUUGUCACCACCUGGUGGUGUCUUCUUUCAAUACCACUGUCAGUCAUCCUUAAGGUCCUUUAUAUACACAAAGUUCCUCAUGAUUCUCUUUUUAAGGAACCAGCAGGGGACCUGAGUGAAGAGAGAUCUUAAAUAUCUCUGUGAAUACUCUAAGCUGAGUGCUGACUGUUAUGUGGAUUAAUGUCCUGAACAAAAGGCGCAAUCAUUUAAAAUAAUGAAAUUGAAAAGAAAAAAAUAUAAGAAUGGAUUUUGGUUUGUUGAAUGCCAAGCCACAGCUUGGUUCCAGAUUGCAAUCACAUAGAGAAAAAGUAGGACUGCUCUGAGGAAACCAUUAGCAAAACCAUUAACUGAACUGGUAUUUUUAGGCAGGGAAAUCGCCUAACAAGGAUUUUCCUAUUCUCUCCUAAAGCCUGCACCUCAGACCGAUGGAGGGGUGGUGGAGAGAUGGGGAAAUCCAUAUUUCAGCUGUCUGCCCUGCUCAAAGGCCCAGCCAGCCUGCACCGGCUGCACAGUAUAUUUAGCUCUGUGGUCGCAGGCUGAGCUUUGGGCUUAGUGCUCCCCUCUCUCUCUCUCUCUCCCACUGACUACCCACACACUGUCAGUGGUUGUAUGUACUUCUCCAUAGGUCCCAUGCUGUGUGUGUGUGUGUGUGUGUGUGUGUGUGUGUGUGAAAGUGUGUGUGUGAAAGUUGAGAUUAGUGUACAGUAUAUGUUUGGGUAUGGACACAUAUAGUAUUUGUUUUCCGCAGAGUUCCCCAAAAGCUAAAGAUCCCCCAAAUGAAAGGGUACAGCCAGCUCAAAAGUGAUCCUAAAAUGGCGUACAACAGGUUGUUAAAAACCUCUUGCCGACUGCGCUGAAUAUCCUCUACCUAUUCUGCUCCCACUGGACUCAGAGGUCACAGCUUUAACAUGUCUGGGCCCAGUGGUUCAGAAAGGCAACUUGCCUGGGUGUGGUUUAGAAAGCAAUAGAUACUUACACAUACAUAAUCAUAGUACACUACUUGAUAGUAAAGUGUGUGUGUGUGUGUGUGUGUGUGUGUGUGUGUGUGUGUGUGUGUGUGUGUGCUGUAGAAGCUAAGGCCAGCAGGGUGUGUCACACAUUCUCAGCUAUUCUCAACUCUCAGCACUCUCCCCUCUAUAGCCCACAGGAGGAACCCUUCUGCCGUGCAGUGCAUUACAGUGUAGGGAGGCUCGCCUGAAAUACACUCUGGAUAGAAUUACCGGAGGUUCCAGCUCAUUAAAUGCUCGUCUCUUCUAUCACCUUCUCUGCACAGACUCUCUCUCUCUCUCUCUCUCUCUCUCACACACACACACACAGACACACACACACCAUCCCUCUUACCACUCUUUCCUUCUCUCUCCUGUCCAGACUAUUUCAUGUGUAGAGAUGCAGACCUUUGCCAGGGAUUUUAUUGUAAUAAAUACUCCAGUCAAAACAGCUGAAGGGGUAUUUGAGGAUUCUGUGCACAGUAAUCACAUACAGAUACACACUCAGAGAGAUCGAGGCGAACACACACAAAUACAAACACACAUGCAGACAAACAUCUUUUCAACACUAUUUUCCGUUUAACAUGUCAUCACACACAAACACACACAAACAUGAACACACAGCCAAGCACCCAUUCAACACAACCUUCUUACCCAGGGUCUGCCAUGGCUGGUAUGUGUGGAAGGACUAUGUCUGCAACCAGUGUACAUAUGAUCACAUGUGAAUAGCUGCACGCUGCUGAUUACUGUAAGUUUAAAUCAGGACUCAUGCCGCUAGAGUUGUCAGUAACACAGAAGAAGACAUAAGAUAAAUAAGUUCUUGUUUCAGUUGUUGCUCCCGUUUAAAUCCACACGUGUCUGUUUUUGUUGAAAUAUGUAUAUAUGCUCCAGCCUCUCCUAACAGUGAAGACUGGCCAAUGGUGUGAUUGAUGAAACAGGAACAUUUUACUAUGUGACUUCAUUAACUGUACAUGACUGCAGUUGCCUCUCAGCAAGAGUGACUCCCUCAGCACACCCCUCCUAAUUUUUGCACUUAAUAUCCCCUUGACUUUUUCCCUACCCCACCCCAGGCCCCUCUCUGUAUCGGUGUCAUAGGCUCACACCAGAGUUGAUGACUCCUUGUUGUAAAUGCUCUUUGCAAGUUUUUUUUUCUUCUUGAGGUAUGUAAUGUGUGCGAGUGUGUGAGUGUGUGAAAAAAAGAAUACAAAAUAAUUGUUGGAUGUGGAUGCAUUUAGAUAUCCAUAGUUUCCUAAAUAAUAAAUAAUUGUGGGAAAAUAAAUAAAGUUUGUAAAUUUACUGAUAA